ACUAUUCCCACGACACGAAAAAAAAGUAUGAUUGUGGGAGCGGUCUCUGGUCUGUUUUUGAGUUGAGCGGUCGUGUUCGUUUUCGUCUAGUUAGCAGUUUUUUUUUUUUGGAGUUUUGUACGCCGGCUGUUAUCAACGAAACAACAAGGGAAAACAAUAACUGGCAUUUGUUUCGGUGGCAAACAGUGCUUGUAGGAACAAGGCUGUCGGACAGCCGGGUGAUCGUCGUCAUCAUCAUCAGUUUUGUUUUAUUAUUAUUUUUGACGGCCUGUUUGUGAUAAGAUAGGCAGUGAAUGCGAGCGAUAGCGUGCUGCAAUGAGUCAAGGGUUGAUACGUGUCGUCUGAUUAUUCAUUCUUGGAUGUUCUGAUCGCGCAGGCUGUGCUUUUGAUUCUGCUUUGUUGGCUUAGUGGAGAGUAAUAAUGUCUCUGAGCAUCCUAGUAACCGGCGGAGCAGGGUUCGUUGGCUCGCAUACUGUUCUGGAACUGUUGAAUGCUAGACAUCGGGUCAUUUGUGUGGACAAUUUGUGUAAUGCCUUUGGAGCGGUGGAUGCUAAGUUGCCGGAAUCACUGAAACGGGUACAGGAACUGACGGGAAGGAACGUUACAUUCUAUGAUGUGGAUAUUCGUGAUAAGAAUGGGCUGAGAGAAGUUUUUAAGAAGCACCAAAUCGAUUGUGUGGCACAUUUCGCUGCCCUGAAAGCAGUUGGCGAAUCAUGCCGAAUACCGCUGCAAUACUAUCAAAACAACAUUACCGGUACCAGCGUGCUGCUGGAAGUAAUGGCCGAGAGUAAUGUAUUCAAAUUUGUGUACAGUUCUAGUGCUACAGUGUAUGGAGAACCGCAAAAGCUUCCACUAGAUGAGAAGCAUCCAACGGGUAAUUGCACCAAUCCUUAUGGCAAGAGCAAAUAUUUCACCGAGGAGAUAUUGAAGGACCUCUGCGAGUCGGAUCCUCGGUGGUCGGUGAUAUCGCUGCGAUACUUCAACCCGGUCGGAGCGCACAAGUCCGGCCGUAUCGGCGAAGAUCCCAAUGGAGAACCGAACAAUCUGAUGCCGUACAUUUCUCAGGUGGCCGUUGGUCGUAGACCUUGUCUGAAGGUAUUCGGUAACAAUUACGACACCCCAGAUGGGACAGGUGUUCGCGAUUACAUCCACAUAGUUGAUUUGGCCGAGGGACAUGUCUGCGCUCUCGAUAAGCUGGCGCGUGGUGAUCUGAAAGGAUUUGUGGUGUACAAUCUUGGCACCGGAUGCGGGUACUCGGUGCUGGACGUGGUAGAAGCAUUCUCCAAGGCGUCCGGCAAGGAAGUGAAGUAUGAAAUCGUUGAUAGGAGACCCGGUGACGUCGCCACAAGCUAUGCGGAUGUUACGCUGGCAGCCAAAGAACUGGGCUGGAAGGCCAAGCGUGGUCUGAAGGAAAUGUGCGAGGAUACCUGGAACUGGCAAAGGCUCAAUCCGAACGGAUUUUCCGGGGCUAAUUGAAGUGGGGGUUUUUUGGAUUACAUUGGAUUACCACAUUAUGGGUAUGCUUUUAGUAAAAAUAACUGCUGCAUUUGACGCUAGCUUUUCCUGAACGAACGAUUGCCAUAGAUAAUAUAUUCCGUAGGUAGAAUAAAUUGGACCAAAUGAAACAUGUCAAUGUUGUAAAAGCACAAAAGGUGCAAAUAAAUGAAAAUCUACUCA